ACCCAUGACAGACUCGGAGUCGCGCAGGCCGGCGGGCUAGUUGCUAACUGUUGACUGAACAUCCGUGGUAGGAACAUACCAGUAACUGUGGAGACCAUUUGUCCCUCUUCUAACCUUUAACACUGGACAUACAUGACGCCACUGGGCCGAGGAGGACCACCAGCCGAGGCAAUGAACACCCACCGCUAGUCGGACACGUUAAAACGUCGUUAGCUAACCUACCGUGAAGAGACAGCAGACGGACCAACGUCCCCGAGGACUGCCUGGUCAUUCAGCUCCAGCCACCUUUCUUGUUCCGCGAGCCAGUCAGACGACCUACCGGGAGACCCUCAACGAGACUAAGAGGCUGUGUGUUGUGAAUGUAAUGGUGCUUUCUGCUACCCAAGCUGCAUGAGAUAUGCAGUCGUCAGAGCAGCGCUAACAGGCCAAACUCUGGUUUAACACAACCAUGGAGUCCUCCUCGGAGUUCCAGCAGGAGCCUGAGAAAACUUUGCACCAUGCAGAGCUGAGAGAGCACCAUCCCACUUCCGCUGCUGUAGUGUGCGGGGAUGACACCGUCCUUCUGACCCCAGGCAGGAUGAGCCAGCGCCAGGGGAAGGAGCGGGACAAGGAGAAGGAGAAAGAGAAGGAGGCAGGCCUCCAAACGCCCAACAGGGAGCACGUUGCUACCCCCUCCACCCUCAGCCCGGGAGUCAGCUACACACACGGUUUCGAGAGAGGGAAGGAGGACCUCCUGCCUCUGCCUUUGAAAGAGGACUCACAUUCCAUAUCUAAGAGCAAGUCUGAAACAAAGCUGUACAAUGGCUCAGACAAGGAUGUGUCGACAUCCGGAGGAAAGCUCACCAAGAAAGAGUCCCUCAAGGUGCAGAAGAAAAACUACAGGGAAGAAAAGAAGAGGGCAACCAAGGAGCUGCUCAGCACCAUCACUGAUCCCUCUGUCAUCGUCAUGGCCGACUGGCUAAAGAUUCGAGGCACUCUGAAGAGCUGGACCAAGCUGUGGUGUGUGCUGAAACCAGGCGUCCUGCUCGUCUACAAAACCCACAAAAACGGCCAGUGGGUGGGAACAGUGCUGCUCAACGCCUGCGAGCUCAUCGAGAGGCCCUCUAAGAAGGACGGCUUCUGCUUCAAGCUCUUCCACCCGCUGGAGCAGUCCAUCUGGGCAGUCAAGGGUCCUAAAGGAGAAGCUGUUGGCUCCAUCACUCAGCCAUUACCCAGCAGCCACCUCAUCUGCCGUGCUACCUCUGAGUCUGAUGGCCGAUGUUGGAUGGACGCCUUGGAGCUGGCCCUGAAGUGCUCCAGCCUGCUGAAGAGGACCAUGAUCCGUGAGGGGAAAGACGACAUGAGCACGGUAGUCACGGGCGGAGAACACUCCAUCAAUUUCUACAGCCUGCUCAGAGCCCACAACAUCCAUGGUUUCCAGUUCAACGACAGUGACCAUUUGAAAGACCCUGACCUGUACUCAGACAAGUCAGACCGGGAGGGAGAACAGGACCACGAGGAGUCGGACCCAGAAGGCCUGGAGAAGAGUGAGGAGAGCGACAGCGACACGUCCGAGCGCCAAGACGACUCGUACCUGGACCUGGAUCCUAAUGAACACCUGCGGGAAACUCCGUACCAGGAGCAGUCCCAUGAGGAACUUGGAGAGGCUGGCGAGGCUGCCCAGACAGAGACGGUAUCCGAGGAGAACAAAUCUCUGAUCUGGACUCUGCUGAAGCAGGUGCGACCUGGCAUGGAUCUGUCCAAGGUGGUCCUGCCCACCUUCAUUCUGGAACCAAGGUCCUUUCUGGACAAACUCUCUGACUACUACUACCACGCGGACUUCCUGUCAGAGGCUGCAAUCGAGGAGAACGCUUACAACCGGAUGAAGAAGGUGGUGAAGUGGUACAUCUCUGGAUUUUACAAAAAGCCAAAGGGGUUGAAGAAGCCUUAUAACCCCAUUAUUGGAGAGACGUACCGCUGCAUGUGGCUCCACCAGAAGACCAACAGCAAGACCUUCUACAUCGCAGAGCAGGUAUCCCAUCAUCCUCCUGUGUCAGCCUUCUACGUCAGUAAUAGGAAGGACGGAUUCUGCCUCAGUGGCAGCAUCCUUGCCAAGUCCAAGUUCUAUGGAAACUCCCUGUCGGCCAUAUUAGACGGGGAGGCUCGGCUCACUUUUCUCAACCGGGGAGAGGACUAUGUGAUGAACAUGCCCUACGCUCACUGUAAAGGCAUCCUGUACGGCACCAUGACCCUGGAGCUGGGUGGUCAGGUCACCAUUGCUUGUGAGAAAACGGGCUACAGUGCUCAGCUGGAGUUCAAACUGAAGCAACAGCCAUUCCUGGGCAGCAGUGACAAUGUCAAUCAGGUGUCUGGAAAGAUCAAGCUGGGAAAGGAGGUGUUAGCUACACUAGAAGGACACUGGGACAGUGAGAUCUUCAUCAAUGACAAGAAGACAGGGACGGUGGACACUUUCUGGAACCCGACGCCAGAGCUAAGGCAGAGUCGACUGAUCCGCUACACCGUCCCUCCAGAGGAGCAGGGAGAGUCCGAAUCGGAAAGACUGUGGCAGCACGUGACCCGGGCCAUCAAUAACAAGGACCAGAUCGAGGCCACCAAUGAGAAGUUCAUCUUGGAGGAAGCCCAGCGGAAGUCUGCCCGCGAACGGAAAGCCAAAUGUGAGGAGUGGAUCUCGGCCCUGUUUGAGCAGGACCCCAUCACCGGAGAGUGGCAUUACAGAUAUGCCGACACGAGGCCAUGGGAUCCGCUCAACGACUUGAUCCAGUUUGAGAAAGACGGCUGUAUCCAGACCAAGGUCCGACACCGCACCCCUAUGGUACGUUCUGGCAGUCUUAUUAGUCUGAGUAACCAGGGGCCGCGGAGGGACAAUUGCAAAUGCCAGGUGACGGUGCCAAAGAGGAAACACAAGAGCGACAAGCCCAAGAGCCCAGAGAGUGGCUGCUCUUCACCCGAACCCGACCGCCAAGACUCGUCUGGCAGCGAACGACACAAGAGCAAGCAUACCAGCCGGCUGAGGAAGAAGGGAACCGACCUCAGUGAACUUCAAAGUGCCAUAGAAUCCAUAAAGCGGACGCAGGAGGACAUCAACAGGAGCAUCAGCGUGCUGCGGAGUCGUGCGGCGGGCCGCGUGGAGGGCAGCUCUUUCCUCCAACAGCGGGACUACGUCAUCAUUGUUUUCCUCAUCCUCCUUCAGGUCCUGAUCAACUAUGUCUUCAAGUAGCAGUCAUAGCCCACUCACACACACACACACACACACGCACACGCAUUAGGCGUCACAGUGGAGGUCCUAAAGAAAGACGUGAACUUUGACCUCUGAAAACAAGUGACCCCAACUGUCUUCUCCUCUGUCUUUAUUAAAUGCGACUACACCUGUCCAGAAACGAGGAGACUUCCACACAAAAAGAGACUUUUUUAACGUGUUUGUAUUUAACGGUCCAUUCCAAUCUCUGGGGAGAUCCAGAGAUUUCAAAGCGAAGAGGAGCAGCCAUGGAGGGCAGAUGUUGCUGUGACGAAGUCUCCACUGCCACCCUGGAGCUUGUUGCUUUGCCUUGAUGUCAAAGGCAAAGGCAGCAGCCAUUUUUAGCUGUUGAUGGUUUUCCUUUUUUCUGAUGGAGUUAAAGCACUCUGUGAUUCACAUUUCACCCCAAACGACUGAGGAGCUUUUAACCUGGAGACGAGUACCACGGCUCAGAUGGUAACAGAUUUAAAAAAAAAAA